AUGGAGAGAUUAAAUAAGCUGGGUCUUCAAUGUUAUUCUCGAAAAACUGACUAUCAAAAUGGAAGGAAACCUAAUGAUCUGCAUGAGCAAUCAUCCCAACUAGAAGAAACCAGUGAUUCACAGUCACAAGAUAAGGAAGAACUAUCUUCUGAUGAGUCUAAAUCAGGGCAUGAUGAUUUACAUUUACGUAUUGCUCUAAGGAAGGGUGUUAGAUCCUGUACGUUGCAUCCUAUUGCUAAGUAUGUGGCAUACGAUAAGUUGGCAGAUGAUUUUUUGGCAUUCACCACUGGUCUCUCAAUUGUGAAGGUUCCAGCACCGAUGCAUGAGGCAUUAGGGGAUAAAAAGUGGAGGAAGACUGUGAUAGAGGAGAUGGAGGCUUUUGAGAAAAAACAAGACUUGGGAGUUGAUAGUUUUGAAGAAAUGGAGGCUGUUAAGAAGGCUCUUGCUUGGGAUUUUGAAUUGAAAGACUUGGGGCAGUUGAGGUAUUUUCUUGGUAUGGAGAUUGCUAGGAGUAAAAAGGGAAUUUCAGUUUCACAAAGAAAAUAUGUGCUGGAUUUACUGAAGGAGAUAGGUAUGCUACGUUGCAAGCCAGUUGAGACUCCCAUUGAACCAAAUUUGAAAUUUGAGGAAAUGAGUUGUGAUGCUCUGGUUGAUAAAGGUCGGUAUCAAAGGUUGGUUGGGAAGUUGAUAUACCUAUCUCAUAUUAGACCUGACAUAACCUUUCCGGUGAGCAUAGUGAGUCAGCAUAUGCAUAGCCCACUAGAGAAGCAUUUUGGGGCUGUGAGUAAGAUUCUAAGGUACCUUAAAAUGACCCUUAGGAAGGGGCUAUUUUUUGGUAAAAAGAAUGAAAGGAAAGUAGAACCAUUCAUGGAUGCGGACUGGGCUGGUUCUGUGGAUGAUAAAAGAUCGACCGUAGGUUAUUACACUUUUGUUUAG